CGGGCGGGGGGGGGGCGGGGGGCGAAAGACCGGCGAACACCUCCUCUUAACUCUCGCAGCACCGCGAGCGAACGACUGCAUCAGCUGCCUCGGGCCGGGAGCGGCCGACACAAGGAGAGGGGCCAGCGCGGCGGCAGCUUCGGCAGCGAGCGCGGCCUGGGAGGCUGCGGGGCGCCCCCUCACUCCCCGCCGGGUGGCAGCCCCGGAGCGGGCGGGGGGCGCCGGAGGCACACUCCGGCGAUGAAGCGGCUUCCUCCUCGGCUGGUGCGAGCCGGGGCCAGGGUCCAAGGACAAAGCCGGGAAGCGCUGGUGGCGCCCCGCCUCGGGCUGAGGGGGGGGCAUGCACCUGCAUAGCCCGCCGGGCUUCGGCUCUCCCGGCGCGCCUCAACUCCGCGGCUCCGCUAGCCGGCUCCGGAUUUACUAGAAGCCAUUUUGUCUCCCCCACCCCUCCCCUCCCCUCUGCCCUCCCCGCCCCCUCUACUUCCCCCUUUUGUUAAUUAAAACUAAGAAGUGAGAAUGGGAACGAGGUGGCCAGCUCCGGCGGCGAACGCUUAAGGACACCGCGCCAGUUCUUCCCUCCCUUCCUUCCUUCCGAGAUGGAAAGAGGAGCUCCUAGCUCACUUAAGCCGGGGUAGGGCUGGUUCUCCUUUCCGAGCCAAAAUCCCAGGCGGUGGUGAAUUAUGAACGUGCCACACCAUGAAGCUCUUGUGGCAGGUAACUGUGCACCACACCUGGAAUGCCGUCCUGCUCCCCGUCGUCUACCUCACGGCGCAAGUGUGGAUUCUGUGUGCAGCCAUCGCUGCUGCCGCCUCCGCCGGGCCCCAGAACUGCCCGUCUGUCUGCUCGUGCAGUAACCAGUUCAGCAAGGUGGUGUGCACCCGCCGGGGCCUCUCCGAGGUCCCUCAGGGUAUUCCUUCCAACACCCGGUACCUCAACCUCAUGGAAAACAACAUCCAGAUGAUCCAGGCUGACACCUUCCGCCACCUCCACCACCUGGAGGUCCUGCAGCUGGGCAGGAACUCCAUCCGGCAGAUCGAGGUGGGGGCCUUCAACGGCCUGGCCAGCCUCAACACCCUGGAGCUGUUUGACAACUGGCUGACAGUCAUCCCGAGCGGGGCCUUCGAAUACCUGUCCAAGCUGCGGGAGCUCUGGCUGCGCAACAACCCCAUAGAAAGCAUCCCCUCUUACGCCUUCAACCGGGUGCCCUCCCUCAUGCGCCUGGACUUGGGGGAGCUCAAGAAGCUAGAGUACAUCUCGGAGGGGGCUUUUGAGGGACUGUUCAACCUCAAGUACCUGAACUUGGGCAUGUGCAACAUUAAAGAUAUGCCCAACCUCACCCCCCUGGUGGGGCUGGAGGAGCUGGAGAUGUCAGGAAACCACUUCCCUGAGAUCAGGCCUGGCUCCUUCCAUGGCCUGAGCUCCCUCAAGAAGCUGUGGGUCAUGAACUCACAGGUCAGCUUGAUCGAGCGGAAUGCUUUUGAUGGGCUGGCCUCCCUGGUGGAACUCAACUUGGCCCACAAUAACCUCUCUUCUUUGCCCCAUGACCUCUUCACCCCACUGAGGUACCUGGUGGAGUUGCACCUACACCACAAUCCUUGGAACUGUGAUUGUGACAUUCUGUGGCUAGCCUGGUGGCUUCGAGAGUACAUACCCACCAAUUCCACCUGCUGUGGCCGCUGUCAUGCUCCCUUGCACAUGCGAGGCCGCUACCUGGUGGAGGUGGACCAGGCCUCCUUCCAGUGCUCUGCCCCCUUCAUCAUGGAUGCACCUCGGGACCUCAAUAUCUCUGAGGGUCGGAUGGCAGAACUUAAGUGUCGGACUCCCCCCAUGUCCUCCGUGAAGUGGCUGCUGCCCAAUGGGACAGUGCUCAGCCACGCCUCCCGCCACCCACGGAUCUCUGUCCUCAACGACGGCACCUUGAACUUUUCCCAUGUGCUGCUCUCAGACACUGGGGUAUACACAUGCAUGGUGACCAACGUGGCGGGCAACUCCAAUGCCUCGGCCUACCUCAACGUGAGCACGGCCGAGCUCAACACCUCCAACUACAGCUUCUUCACGACUGUCACAGUGGAGACCACUGAGAUCUCGCCUGAGGAUACAACACGGAAGUACAAGCCCGUUCCUACUACGUCCACUGGUUACCAGCCGGCAUAUACCACCUCUACCACGGUGCUCAUUCAGACCACCCGUGUGCCCAAGCAGGUGGCGGUAACCGCGACGGACACCAAUGAUAAGAUGCAGACCAGCCUGGAUGAAGUCAUGAAGACCACCAAGAUCAUCAUUGGCUGCUUCGUGGCAGUGACUCUGCUAGCUGCUGCCAUGUUGAUUGUCUUCUAUAAACUUCGCAAGCGGCACCAGCAGAGGAGUACAGUCACAGCUGCCCGGACUGUUGAGAUUAUCCAGGUGGAUGAAGACAUCCCAGCGGCGGCAUCUGCAGCAGCAGCAGCAGCAGCUCCAUCCGGUGUAUCAGGUGAGGGGGCAGUCGUGCUGCCCACAAUUCAUGACCAUAUUAACUACAACACCUACAAACCAGCACAUGGGGCCCACUGGACAGAAAACAGUCUGGGGAACUCUCUGCACCCCACAGUCACUACUAUCUCUGAACCUUAUAUCAUUCAGACCCAUACCAAGGACAAGGUACAGGAAACUCAAAUAUGACUCCCCCCCCCCAAACUUAUAAAAUGCAAUAGAAUGCACACACACACAAAAGACAGCAACUUUUGUACAGAGUGGGGAGAGACUUUUUCUUGUAUAUGCUUAUAUAUUAAAUCUAUGGGCUGGUAAAAGAAACAGAUUAUAUUAAAAUUUAAAAAGAAAAAUCAAAACAAAACUAUUUUCUAACUUGUAAGUUCUAUUUAAAGGGGGUGGGGGACCUUGGGAAUGUUGUGGGAUAGAAGCCACAAGUCAGUCUGCUGUGCUGCCAGGAGAGAUUUCUGGUAUAGGGUUGAAACUGCUAAAAUAAAACAAACUAAAACACCAACCAAUAUCCCUAAAGAGUUAGGGUGUGGGCUGCUGAGGGGUGGAGGGUAGACUGAACUGUCAUUUUUUAGAAGAUGCUUCAUAGGACACAGGAAUACCCAUUUCUCUAGACAUCUUUCUUAGGCUGAGAGCUGUCUUUGCAGAUUUAUCUUAUUUAAACAAAGAAUACAAACAAACGAAAAAGAGCACUAAGAAUUUGUACUGUGCUUAAAAUGUUGAGAGGCAAUAAUUUUUUCUUCAGAGGCCAAGGGAAAGACAGACCUGUAAAAUGUAGUUUAAACAGGAAAACCACCAAAAUUCAACUGAAACCUUAAGGGACCGAGUAUGUGCAUCCCUGUGCACAAGUCUUCUUGGUUUGUGCAGUGGGACACAGCGUGACCCGCCUGACAGAGGGCUUCGGGAAGGAGCAGAGAAGGAAGGGAGCUGGCGUAGCUGUCAGUCAAGCGCUUUCACAUUGCACCAGAUUCCUGCAGUUGGGCUUAACCCACUCUGUGCAAGGCAUGUGUCUAUUCAGGGCUUCCCAGGAGAAGGAGGUGGCCCCUGGGGGGGCAGGGGGGCGUGGUACCAAAGGGGGAUGGGAAGGGAGAGCAGAGGCAGAGAGAAGGUAUUCGCAGGAGGCCAUAACUCAGCAUUGUGCCAUGUCCACCUGUUGUUCCUGGUAUCUGACAAAUGAUUGUAGACAGUGAUGCAUUUGAUGAUUUUUUUUUUUUUAAAGGAUUGGUUUAAGGUGGACAAGGGGGGAGAGGCUGGGAGUGGGAAGCUUGGGGGAGUGGAAGCUUUUCUCAUGCUUGUGAUUUGGUGACUAUUCUAAAUGCUGAUUCAUUAGGGAUUAUUACUGCUGAUGUCAACUGGUUGUGGUGAUGGGGAGGGGGCAGGACAUGAGUAGAGAAGAAAGAGGAGAGACAAAAAGGGCACAGGCUCAUUGAAAGUGAUGAAGCCUUUCCUCACCAGGAUGGUUCACAAAAAAGAUGUGAAAUCCAGUUAAAACAAAGUGAUACACACAGAAUGAGUGUGGCAUGGAGUCCUGUUGAAUGUAGCACAAUGGGGGGAAAUGCUUCCCUCUCCCAGAGCUACCUCAGGAGGAGGGGGACGAGAAAGGGCGGGCGUGGGUGGGG